AUGCCUCUGAGCAAAAUGCGGACAUUUGGCGAAAGACCGACGGCUUUCCAGUUGGAAGAGAACGGAGAGUUUCAUUACAUCGGAUCCGAGGUCGGGAACUAUAUGCGGAUGUUUAGGGGUUCCCUUUACAAGAGGUAUCCAUCGCUUUGGCGCCGUUUGGUGAGCGUUGAAGAGCGCAAACGGAUCAGUACUAUAGGAUUAGGUCCGCACUCUUUGGCCACUAAUAUAACGCUAUUGAAGGCCUCGGAAGUGGACGAGAUAUUUGAGGGCAGGGAUGAUAAGUACAAAGCCGUGUCCAUCAGUUCCGAGCCUUCCGUUCAAAGGGAGUCGAAAUCGAAGCGAUCGAAUUGGAUCCCAACCCUACCCAACAGUUCCCACCAUUUGGAUGCCGUUCCCUGUUCUACACCCAUCAGUAGAUCCCGUAUUUGCCACAAAAAGGUCCGCACUUUUCCAUUGCUUUACGACGAUUUAGAUCCGGCGCUCAUUCACGAGAACGCUUCCCAAACCGAGAUCUUAGUGCCCGUCAGACUCGAUAUGGAGAUCGAUGGCCACAAACUUCGCGACACAUUCACGUGGAAUAAGAAUGAGCAAACCAUGACUCCGGAACAAUUCGCUGAAGUCCUGUGCGAUGAUCUGGAUUUGCCGUCGAUGUCGUUCGUGCCGGCGAUCUCGCAGUCCAUUCGGCAGCAAAUCGAGGCCUUCCCGACCGACAACAUUCUGGACGACCACGUAAUGGACGACCAACGGGUCGUUCUUAAGCUCAAUAUACAUGUGGGAAAUAUAUCACUCGUGGAUCAGUUCGAGUGGGAUAUGUCUGAUAAGGACAACACUCCGGAACAGUUUGCGCUUAAAUUAUGCGCCGAAUUAGGUUUGGGCGGAGAGUUUGUCACUGCAAUCGCUUAUAGUAUUAGAGGACAAUUGUCUUGGCAUCAGAGGACUUACGCCUUCAGUGAGACGCCGUUAUCUCAAGUGAAUGUUCCGUUCCGUAAUCAGUCGGAAGCCGACCAGUGGUGUCCAUUCCUCGAGACUCUGACCGACGCUGAGAUGGAGAAGAAGAUCAGAGAUCAGGACAGGAAUACGCGAAGGAUGAGGCGAUUGGCCAAUACGGCCCCCACAUGGUAGUCAUCAUAGCCUUACUUUUGAUAUGACAUUUUCUAUUCAAAUCAUUUACUAAUCGCUGAAUUUUUUUAUGCAUAAUUUGUUGAUAUUUCUGCAGAAAACACACACAAAACAGUACAUCAAUGAAAGCCCCCAUAAUUUAGACGCUUUAAUCACAAUUAAAUAUGCUUUUAGUAUGAAAUCCAAACCAAACAAUUAAUUUAAUCACCAGUUCAUUGCAUUCAUUCAUUCAUACCAUUCAUUCGCUGCCAUUAAUAAUGAGAUGCCAUUGAAUGAGAACUUCGAUUCAAUUCAAAGCGUUUCAUACCUUCAUUGCAAUCAUUCACUCAAUUUAUUAAUUCAUUUGUAAGUAAUCUUCGCUACAAAAUGCAAGUCUUCUCUCACUCUUUCCACGAUCUUUGCCCUCACUUUCGCUUUCAAAACAAAAUCACUUCAUUUCGCUUUCAAUUAAACAUUUUAUUUAAAUUUCUCGUUUGACUAAUAGUUUGUGAAUUUUAUUAAAACCAAAAUCAUUGCCUAAAUUAUUAAAUACUUUUAUUUAUACAUUAAUCUCUAAAUUUGAAAUAAAUUUGUAAUUAUUUAUCUAAACGUGAAUCCAAUAAAUUGAAUAUUC